AUGCGCAUCACAACAGCCGGUCUUGCCCUCGUCGGCCUGAUACCGAACAUGGCUCUCGGCAGCCCAUUAGACGGCAAGCACACGCUUACUAGUCGGGCCGGGACUUUCAACAACCCAGUCCUAUGGGAGGACUAUCCUGAUCUGGAUGUCUUCCGGAUAGGCGAUGUAUUCUACUACUCAUCGUCAACGUUUGCCUACUCGCCAGGCGCGCCGGUGCUCAAGUCCUACGACCUCGUCAACUGGACUCCAGUAACCCACAGCGUGCCCACGCUGAACUUUGGUGCGAAAUACAACCUCGACAGCGCAGCGGACCGCUCUUACGUCAAAGGUAUCUGGGCCAGCUCACUCAGGUACCGCAAGUCAAACGACAAAUUCUACUGGAUGGGAUGUGUUCAAUCAACUGGCCAGACAUAUAUCUGGACUUCCGCUGGAUCCAACGCAGCUGCCAACAAUGGCGAAGUUUCGACCUGGAACUGGCAAUCCGCAGGCAGCAUCCCCAAAUGCUACUACGACAACGGCAUCUUCAUUGAUGACGAUGACACCAUGUAUGUGGUGUACGGCAACACGCAAAUCUCGGUUGCCCAAUUGAACGCCGCCGGCACGGCGGAGGUCAAGAGCCAAAGUGUCUACAAGGAUCCCAACGGCGUCGUUCUCGAGGGCUCCCGCUUGUACAAGAUCAAGGGAAUGUACUACAUCUUUUGCACGCGCCCCGCAAACGCAGAGUAUGUGUUGAAGUCGAAGAGCCCAUGGGGUCCAUACACGGCGCAAAUUUUGCUUGACAACAUCAGCGGACCUCUCUCCAGUGCUGGUGUCAGCCACCAAGGUGGUGUAGUCGACACCAAAGAUGGUAACUGGUACUAUGUCGCUUUCAUGGACUCUUACCCUGGUGGCCGUAUCCCCGUUGUUGCGCCCCUCACUUGGACGAGCGACGGAUGGCCACAGCUUGUCAAGGUCAAUGGCGCGUGGGGAAAGUCAUACCCCAUGCCCGUCACAACAUCCAAGACCGUGCCGCCGCCAACAGGAAUCGACAAGUUCACCGGAUCAUCGUUGAGCGCGGCGUGGGAAUGGAACCACAACCCCGAUAACACGAAGUGGAGCAUGGCAAGUGGUGGUGGUGUGAACCUACAAACUACGACUGUUACACAGGAUAUCUACCAGGCGCGCAACACACUCACGCACCGUAUUCUGGGACCAAAGUCAUCGGGAACCUUCCGCAUCGACAUCAGCAAGAUGAAGAGCGGUGAUCGCGCAGGUGCUGUGCUCUUCCGAGACACCGCUGCGUACAUUGGUAUCCACAAAGACUCGUCCGCUACAAACCUCGUCAUGGUCAAUGGUAUUGCCAUGAACAGUGAUUGGUCCACAAAGUCCACUGGCUCUGUUGCUGCCACAGGACCUUCUAUUCCUGCAAGCACGACGGAUCUCUACCUGCGCAUCCAGGCGGACAUUACGCCAGCGUUUGGUACUAAUACCGCCAGGCAGAACACUUUCUGGUAUAGCACAGAUGGAACCAACUUCAAGCAGCUCGGCCCGGCUUUCGGUAUGUCAAACACUUGGCAGUUUUUCACUGGAUACCGAUUCGGUGUAUUCAACUUUGCGACUCAGUCUUUGGGUGGUAGUGUGUUGGUGAAGAGCUUUGACUUGCAGUUGUUGUAG